AUGUGCUCCCUUCGGCCUGUCGUCGCCCUCGCGCUCGCCGCUCUCUGCGUCUUCCCCGGCGGCGCCGCCGCCACCACGUACACCGUCGGCGACAGCGCCGGGUGGGACAUCAGCGCCGACCUCGACAAGUGGCCCCUCAACAAGACCUUCGCCAUCGGCGACGUUCUCUGUGAGUACUUCCCAUCUCUCUCUCUCUCUCUCUCUCUCUCUCGCUCUAUCUAUCUAUCUAUCUGUCUGUCAGUCUAUGUAUCUAUCUAGCUGACGAAAGAUGAGCGGCAGCUUUCCAGUACUCGUCGUACUACAGCGUGGCGGAGGUGAACAUGGAGGGCUUCUACAACUGCAGCACCGCCAACGCCAUCCAGACGGGAAACGGAGGAAGCACAGAGAUCACCAUCACGACAACGGGCCACAAGUACUUCAUCUGCCCCUUGCCUUUCCUCUGCUUCGGGGGAAUGAGGUUGCACGUCCAAGUCGGUGCCGACGACCCGCCGGCAGCGGCGCCAGUCCCCCCCCAGGACGGCGGGAACUUUCCAGAAUUCAACGUCGGCGGCAGCGCUUCAGGCGCCGCCAUUUCUCGGCUGCCCGCAGUCGUGGCGCUCCUCUCGGGGGCGCUGGUCGUCGGCCUCUGA